ACUGAAACUAAACCAGAAAUGAUUUCAGUCUCUUAUGAACAUCUUAUUUAUACACACUCUUAAAUAAGCGUCAGAGUUGAUUUGAAGGUGAGAAAAAUCAACAUUUUUAAAUGAAAAGCACCUGUGCUCUUCAGGCAUGAUGUUUAUUUAUUUGCUGCUGCUGAUUGCUGGUGGAAUUAAAGAUUCAAGUUCAGAGCAGUAUGAGGUAAUAGGAGCUGCAUAUGCUGUAUUUGCUUCAGUCGGUGAUGACGUGAUUCUGUCCUGUUCAGUCAAACCCAACAUCAGUGUUGUGGACAUGAGAGUGGAGUGGCGGAGAUCUGACCUGAGAGACUCGCUAGUGCAUCUCUAUGAGGAUCAUGAAGACAGAGAAACAGAGCAGAUUGAGUCCUACAGAGGGAGAACACAUCUCAUUCAUCAAGAGCUACAGAGAGGAAAUGCAUGGCUCAGACUAUCAUCAGUCAAAUUGUCCGAUGAAGGACGUUAUAAGUGUGUUAUUGGGUCUGAAUCCUCAAAUAAUGAAGCCACAGUUGAUCUUACAGUUGAAGCUUUAGGAUGGCCUCCGGUGAUCACCAUAGACGGAUUCAAUCCUUCAGGAGGGCUUCAUCUUCAGUGUCAAUCUGAAGGUUGGUAUCCUGAACCGCAUCUGGAGUGGCUGGAUCAUGAUGGAGUCAGUCUAAGGCCAGAAACUACAGAGACGCACAGGAAAGAAGGCACGUUCAGCAUCAAACACACAGUCAUUGUUUAUCACAGCGACGACAAGAUUCACUGCAGAGUCACACUGAAGCAUCACAUGCUGGAGGCACAGAUCAUCACCUCACGUGAAGUGUUUAAAAUGUGGAGGACAGCAGCCAUCCUGAUUUCAGCUUUAGUUGUGCUCAGUGGUUUUGCUGCAAUGAUGUUUGCUGUGCUUCUGCAUAAAUACAAAGAAAACAGUCAACUAAAGACCGAGAAUAGAAAACUAAAACAAGAACAUGAUCAACUUUUACAAAGUCAGAAGACACCAGAAGCGACUCUUGAUGCUGGGGAUUCAGGUAAAACAUGUCACACUGGACCUGAAGAUAAAGAAGUUCUUGUUGACAAGGCAGAUCCAUUACAUUCCAUUGGUUUCUUCCUUGUGAAUAUGGAUGUUUCCAAGCCUAAAUCGACCAGCAAAGGUGCCACACGUGCCACAGGACCCGGUAGUCCCCACAAGGGCCCGCCUAAGUUCAAACAGAGGUCAACACGCCAGUUUAAGAGCAAACCACCCAAAAAGGGUGUCAUUGGAUUUGGUGAAGAGAUUCCCGGAAUGGAGGGAUUGGGAACAGACUUUAAUGUAAUCUGUCCAUGGGAGGCGUACAGUCACCUGGAGUUGCAUGAGCUGGCCCACCAAAAAAAAAAAAAAAAAAAAGAGAAACCCUUUGUGAACAGAUUAUUCUUUCUGCUCAUUUCUGAACAGAUUUUUGUAAUUCUCUCAAAUAUCUACUGCUGUACAGCUCGCACUUUGAGAAUGGCUUCAACUGCUGAAAGUGAUUAUAGUUGUCCGUUGUGUGGUAAUAUUUUCAAGUUUCCUGUUAUUUUGUCAUGUAGUCACAGUUUUUGUAAAGAAUGUCUUCAGCAGUUCUGGAGAACCAAAAAACCUCGAAUGUGUCCUCUUUGUAAAAAAUCGUCUAAAGCUGAUCCUCCUCUCAAUCUUGCAUAAAACCUCUGCGAGUCGUUCCUGAAGGAGAGAGAUGAGCAGCGUUCAUCCGUGUCUAAGGAUAUCUGCAGUUUACACGGUGAGACGCUCAGACUUUUCUGUCUGGAGGACCAACAGCCUGUGUGUUUAGUGUGCAGAGAUUCACAGAAACACCUCAACCAUUCAUUCAGACCCAUCAGUGAAGCGGUUCCCCUGUGUAAGGAGCAGCUCAAAACAGCUUUGAAGUAUUUAAAGGGGAAUCUUCAACAGAGAGAAUGGGUGAAAGUAACGUUUGAGAAAACUGUGCAACACAUCAAAUCUCAAGCUGAUCACACCGAGCGUCAGAUUAAAGAGCAGUUUGAGAAGCUUCAUCAGUUUCUCAGAAAUGAAGAAGAAGCUACAAUCACUGCACUGAGGGAGGAAGAGGUGGAGAAGAAGCAAAAGAUGAAGGAAAAGCUGAAGGAGAUGAACAAACACAUCUCAGCACUUUCACACACACUUCAAGACAUGGAGAAGAUGAUAGAGUCCGAUGAUAUCUGCUUUCUCAAGGAAUUUCCAGACUCAAUGGAAAGACUCCAGAUCUCAGAGCUGGAUCCACAGAUACCUUCUGGAGCUUUGAUUCAAGUGUCAGAUUACUUGGGCAACCUGCCGUUCAGAGUGUGGAAUAAGAUGCAGGACAUCAUCCAAUACACUCCAGUCAUUCUGGAUCCAAACACGGCUAAUCCGCGUCUCCUCCUGUCUGAUGAUCUGACCAGCGUGAAAUCUCUUGAGUUUUCCGAAAAACAGCUUCUUCCCAAUAAUCCCGAAAGAUUUGACUGGUUUUUCAGUGUUUUGGGUUCAGAGGGUUUCAAUUCAGGCACACACUGCUGGGAUGUGGAGGUAAAGGGGAGUUCAGGCUGGAGCAUAGGAGUAACCACAGCAUCACACGAAAGAACGGGAGGGGACAUAUUUGCAAAUGAUAUCUGGAAUGUUAAAUAUAAUGAGUCGGUUUUAUACGAAGAAUUCUAUUACCAGUUCCCAAAACCCACUAAUGAAUUUGUUGUUCAGCGAGAGCUUGAGCGUGUGAGAGUUAAUCUGGACUGUGAUGCAGGAACCGUGUCCUUCUCUGAUCCUGUAACUAAAAUGCAUCUACAGACAUUUACAACCACCUUCUCUGACACUGUCUUUCCAUUCCUGUGUUGUUAUGACUCUCUGAGGAUCUUACCAUACAGUGCUCUGUAAACGUUACACCAGUAUGUCCAGAAGAGAUCUAUAUUUAAGCUGUAUCAUGCCAGUAACGCUUUAGAAUAACAUUCAUCAUAUUACCCUGCUUGGAUCUGAUUGGCUGAUGAGCAUUCUAAGGUGUGCUGUAAUUUUCAGAUAAACACACAAGGUAAAGUACUUUAGUUUCAUACUUAUUUUAACCGCAUCACAGUUCCAAAUUGAUAUGUUCAAUGAUUUUGAUUAGUUCUGAGCAUGCAACAGUCAAAAAUUACAUGAAAUCAAAGCAGAAGGCUUUGGGAGAAAAUGUGUAAGAAUCUAGUCCUACACACAGGAGUUGUUAGAAUACAAAAAUGUGACACAUGUCUUGAAUAGUAUCUUAACAAUACCAUCGUAUAAGCUGAAUAAUCAACUCCAGUCUAUUGAAUUGUAAGACAAUAAAUCCACACCUUGCAUUGUGGCCACAUCACCACCUCAGGUGUGCAUUAUUUUCUAAUAAUUCAACGUCAAACGAUGUCAAAUAUACUUUACUCUGUAAAUCAUUAUCAGUCUUGUUCAUUUAUUUUCACAGUGCAUCUGGAAAAUAUUCAAAGCGCUUCACUUUUUCCACAUUUUCUUAUG